UGGUGAAAGAAAAGUUCCUUCCUGGGACUUCUGUGACAACAGUGAGUGCUGAGACACCUGUGGCAGUGGCAGUGAGGACUGAGAUGUCCAGUACAGCAAGUUCUUCCAAUAGGAAUUUUGCUUCAGAUUCAUCAAAACACAAAGAAAUCAAUGCAAAGAAAUUAAAGGCUGAUUUUAGCAUCCGAUCAAUUCUUGAAAAUUCUGCACUUGGCGAAGAAAUCCUGUUUGAAUUGGAUAACGGGAGACUACCCAGAAAACAGAGAUUGAAGAUGGUUCAGGUUCUUGUAGCCGAGAUGAUUGAGAGAUUUGGGGACAGGCCACGAGCAGAUGUAAAAGUGUCCAUGGCCAGAGCUGUAGUUGAGGAAUUCCCCUUUCUUAAGGAUGAAGAAGGCCAAGGAUUUGAAGCUUGGUACACUCCUGGGAUGGGCAUUCAUUCAGCUACAGGGUGGCUUGAAGAGAAAUUGAGAAAUGUCAGAAGACGCUCAACAGAGGGGAAAAAAGUUGGUGUGUCAACUAGUGCGCCAAGCUCUAAGCUUGUUAAAGUUGGUGCAUUACCAGGUAAAAAGGCCAUUGCAUCCCAUACUUUGUACAGUGAGCGUAAUUCCCACCAGCGCAGUGACCGAAUGACAGCAAUUCAAAAUAUAAAUGGUACAGCACAAUGA